UUCACACUGUUUCUGACUUUCUGUUUUCGUAGGUGAUACUUGAUAGUUUGUGGUAGACUAACCAAAAUUUUAGAUAUUUUUCUUUGAAUCCCAACCUAAUUUCCGUUACAUCAUAUAUCCCUUUCCCUUGAAAUUGUUCCCGAACAUGAUUAACUUUCUGAGAAGUUUCGGCCAGCGAGCAUUUCGAACGAUAAACCUACCCACAGUGCAAUCUAACCUCUACAGUACAGGAUUACCAAAUGACAGAAAACUUCCUGUUCUGAAGCUUGAUGGCUAUACACUUCGCAAAGUUGUGAAACAGGAUUGUGAAGCGAUUCACCAUCUAGUUCAAGAGUUGGCUAAUUGUUUGAACAUGCCUGAUGCCCCCCAGAUUAGUGCCAAAGGCAUGCUAGUUUCUUACCACAAGCCAAAACUACUGAAAAGUAGACUUAAAUUUUACGAUUAUUUAAUUACAACCGAUUUCUCAGCUCUAGAAGCCGAUGGAUUUGGAAGCCGUAGGUUUUACGAGGGAUUCGUAGCCGAAUCCCACAAACUGAAGCAAGUGGUGGGAUACGCCAUUUAUUAUUUCAGUUACUCAACGUGGCAGGGUAAGUCAUUGUACAUGGAAGACAUGUACAUCUGUCCGGAAGACCGGAAAAAUCGAAUUGCCAUUUCCUUUUUCCACCUUAUUUCUCAAGCGGCAUUAGCUGAAAACUGCAUGCGGAUGAACUUUUGCGGCCUGAAAGACAACAAACCAGCCGUCGAACUCUUCCAGUCGUUGGGUGCUGAUAACUUAACCCUGAAGGAAGGUUGGCACUAUUAUCGCAUUCCCCGUCAUGGCAUUGAAGAACUCGCACAACCAUCAAUCAUCACCAAAUUUAAUCCUUGACUUAAAAUCAAACAUUUCCGUACAUAUUAUAGCAGGGAUAUUAUUUUUAUGUGAUUAGAUGUAGUAUAUUCUCGCUAGUGGUUGUCUGGGAAGCAUUUCUAUCCCCAGUCAACUUGCAAUAAAGUGAAAUGAGCCAAA